GACAAGAAAACAUGAAUAUACCAUUAUGUUUCGUACUCUAAUGCGAAAUUAUAUUGGAUUUUUCCCGGUAUUAAGUGGGUGUUUCUUUGUAACCGAAUUUUACCUCAGGAUAAUACCUCUUCAAUUGUGUACACUAGUUAUCUGUUUGGAAAUCGACUGACUCGUCUCCAUCCAACCGUGCUUCAAACUAUAUAAAGGCAGCAAAAUUGCGUAAUGUGACCCCCUUUCAAGUUUUACCUUUAAAACAUCUGAACAUCAGUUGAGUGAAAAACGUUAAAAGUCGCACAAGAUGGGGAACAAGGGAAGCAGACUAAAUCCAAAGACCGUGGAAGAAUUACAGAAACACUUGGGAUCAGAAUUAAUGGAUGAAGACAUCAAAACGUGGUACCAAGAUUACAAAGAGUCACUGACCCCGGGCAAGACCCAGCUGACGCGAAAGGACUUUAUAGAGGUGUACAAUAAACUUUUUACUGGGGAUGCUAAAGAGUUCGCAGAGCACGUGUUUCGAACGUUCGACACGGACGGAAAUAACAUGGUGGACUUCCAGGAAUUUGUGGUGGGAUUGUUUGUGUCCAGCAGCCAAGACAUGGACAAGAAGUUAAACUGGGCUUUCCGUGUGUACGACAUUAACGGGGAUGGUUAUAUUACCAAGGACGAGAUGAGCAAGAUCAUUACGUCAAUAUGUAAGAUGACGACCGCUGCUGUACAGUCUGUAGACCAGCUGACCCAGGAGCUUUUCUCUGACUUGGAUGUCAACAAGGACGAUAAAAUCAGUUACGAAGAAUUCCUGGAAGGGGCCUCCAAGAAUGACUUCGUAAUCAAUCUAUUGCAGCCGGACCCGGAGCCCGACUCUUAAAACAUAUCGGGCACACUUCCUGGUAAAAGAGUCGCAACCAUUUACGGAUUGUGCACAGAUCAUUAACAUAUUUUAGCAUUAAACUGUGGACAAAGAUCUUAUGUUCUGACAAGUCAUUCCGGAAGAUUGUCAACCGAUUUCAACGCUUAGCAAUUUAUAAGAUUAUUGUUUGAUGUUUUGGGUCAAUGUUUAAAAUCAAUGUAUUGACCUCGAAAAUCUCUUCCUUGUUGAGAGAGAGAGCUUGAGAGGUUAAUGUGAAUUUUACUGAGUGCAAGUUGAUUUUUGUAAAUAAUCAUUUGCGACAAUACACCAGAGGUGGUAUGCAGAUUAUUGGAAGAAGAGAAAGAGAGAAUAUUUGAGCGUACUCACUCUUCCUGGUAGAAUAAUCCAUCAGUUCACUUAGGCUAUAGGAUCAGAUAAAACCCUAAAUUUUUUGAUCAGUUAAGUUUUCGUGAUUCUACAUGCUGCCACAUAAGACAUGAUUACUGCGGGUAUGCCUGCAUCCUCACAGUGUCAACUUUUUGUGAUUACGUACAUCCUCACAUCCCCACAAUGUCAAGGUUUUGUGAUUACGUACAUCCUCACAUCCCCACAAUGUCAAGGUUUUGUGAUUACUUGCACACAUCCCCACAAUAUCAACGUUUUGUGAUUACGUACCCCGUCACACAAUAUCAACGUUUGGUGAUUACGUACCCCGUCACACAAUAUCAACGUUUGGUGAUUACGUACCCCGUCACACAAUAUCAACGUUUGGUGAUUACGUACCCCGUCACACAAUAUCAACGUUUGGUGAUUACGUACCCCGUCACACAAUAUCAAUGUUUGGUGAUUACGUACCCCGUCACACAAUAUCAACGUUUGGUGAUUACUUACCCCGUCACACAAUAUCAACGUUUGGUGAUUACGUACCCCGUCACACAAUAUCAACGUUUGGUGAUUACGUACCCCGUCACACAAUAUCAACGUUUGGUGAUUACUUACCUGUAUGGAGUACAUAAUCACAAAACUUUGACACUUUGAGGAGGUACGUAAUCACAAAACCCUGACAUUUUGAGGAUAUGUGGAGGUACAUGUACGUAAUCAAUGACACUGUGAGGGUGGUAUGCCUGCUGAUUAUUUGAAUUUUUUGUCUUUGUCUGUUAAUCCUAUGUUUAUCAGUUCGCUCUUUUUUUUCAAAGUGCUUUUGUGAAUUUUACGGAGUACAAGUUGAUUUUUGCACUGAUGACCAUUAUUAAUUAACUCGUCCCUGUUUGAGGAUAAUUAUAUCCCCCAUUAUCUCUUCACGCUGUGAGGGUCAGUCCAUUGGACGUACUUUUUGAUAAUAGUACACCUUGUAGUUUGCAAUGAAUAUAUGUUUGUAGAUUUAGUGCCAGCCUUUUUGUACUUGUUUUACUUAUGUACAGUUCUGUUUCUAAGCACAAAAUCAUACAGUUCACAGACGUGUAUUAAAUACACCAAAUACAUCAGUGGCGGAUUUAAGGGGUGCAGCUCAAAAUUUUCAAAUUUAAGGUGAAUUGUGGUAUUUUGUUCAGAAAAAUAUACUAAACGAUAAAAGAAGCAAUCAUUUCUUCCACUCCCGGAGAAAUAAAUGACAAAAUCUUUUGUUUCUUGAAUUACUUUAUUGGGAGAAAUUAAUUUUUCCCCAAGCCCAUAAAAUUCGCGUCAUUUGACUAAUUUCACUAAUUAAAACUGAUAGAAAAUAGUAGAAAUGACUUAUAUAGGAGACAUAUUUCAAGCCAAGACCUUCGCCCUGGACCCACUGGGGGGCCUCAAGGCGGCCCCCAGACCUCCUGCAUCAUAAAGUGCCCCCCCCCCCCCCCCCCAGUAAGCGCAAUUCCUGGAUCCGCCUCUGUACGUAUAGAAAACGUAAGAACACUCAUCUAUUACAUAGACGUUCACAUCAAUAUACACAUACAAUGAUACUGCGAGUACAGUGAUGUACACAACACACAUUAUACCAUAAGUGUUCUAACAUAAGCAUAUGUACAUAGAUAUCUCAAGGAGACGGCUUAUAUAGGCGUUGUCUGCUGCCUAAUCCUUGGUAUGUUAUUCAUAAUAAAAUACUGUUUAGAUUGAUAUGUACAUUUAUAUUGAACAAUGAACAUACAUUAUAUUAUGAUAUGCAAUUGGUUACAUGCGCUAUGAGCAUACAUUAUUUAGAUUGACAGUAGCUUUUUUGGAGAAAGAUACAAAGAUAGUGAAGUUUUUUGUUGUUGCUAAGUAACUGAUUACCUUAUCCAAUAAUAUUUUUUUAAAUGUAUAUAAUACGCCAAUUACUAUACUAUGGACAUUCCAAAAUAAAGUGAUAUUCACCUUC